AUGACUGAAGUCCUGCAAAGUGCGGUAAAAGAGAAGAUACUCAAGAUUGAGGCCUUCAUUAAUGAGAAACUCCGCAAGGACCUCAGGCGAGCGUUCACUCUUGAUGCUGGUGAUACGGUUUAUGCAGAGAUUUCUGAGUAUCUUGAGCUGCAGAACCUUCUGGAGAAAUUCUCCGAAGUGGGCUUUAAAGACGGCGACAACAGUGGUGCAACCGAAACUAUGGUCGACAUGGGCUGUAACUUCUACCUUAAGGCCCACAUUCCCUCGCUGGAGCGCCUCUACGUGGACGUGGGUUUGGGUUUCCACGUGGAGAUGACGCGCGUCGAGGCCUUAGACUUUGUGCGUCAGCGCGUGGAACUGCUCACUGCGAGAGCGGAGCUCUUUCGCCAGAAGGCCCUUGAAAUCCGUGCGCGCAUCAAGGUAUGUCUGCAGGGCCUACGUGAACUCCAGGCUCUCGAUUUGGAGCCCCGACCUGACUUUUGCGACGUUCUCGCCUAA